AUGGCCUUCGCCCGAGUCAAGGUACAAUGGGAGAAGAUAAAGGCCAUGGAGAUUGCCACCGCAGGGCCGCCUGAAGGCAAGGAUCACCGGCGGCCGAAGAAGUACUUCGGUGAGUGUCGAGGCGCCGCACACCCUUCGACCCGAUUUGGGCCGGCCUUUUUAUCUCUUCGUUGUUUCUCUCCUUCCUCGCGUUUUCCUCAGACUCCACAGGGGAAGAGAACCCAGCGACUGUUUCUACUCCCCUUCCUCGUUCGUGUGGCAGAUCUCGCGUUCAUCUGCUUCUUCCUACCGGGAUCCUACUCCGGCAAGAGCACCAUCGCCCUCGUAAGCAGAUGGUGUGGCGUGUUUUUCCCCAGGAUAGCACUUCAAUUUUGGUCCAGAUUCGGCUCAGAUCCAGUAGACCGUUGUUGUUCUACAGGAAAAAGAUGGUGUGGCGUGUUAUUCCACAAACAAUCAAAUUGUAUCACUCAACAGCAAAUCAACAAGAUAACAUCAAACCUGGGAAUCAUUCCUCAAAUUUGGCAGAUUGGUGCUGACAAAAUGGCAAAAUUCGACCUGAACAACAUGGACUUUGUGGCACUGGAUGAUGCUUCAACCAGGAAGAGAAAGAGCGCCUUUAGAUGUUUCUAGAAAGGAAAGGAGUAGUCACAAAUAUUUGCUACAUUGAUGUGUAUAUCCAUUUUAGCUGAUCAACAUAUACCUCAGAAAGCAUGUUGUUGUUGACUUCCUAUGACAAACAAAAGUGUUCCCAGUGUGCAAGUGUUCUAAACGAAUGUGUUUUUGUUUUUCUUGCUAUUUUCCUAUGUACCUCACACAACAAUAUCGCGCCAGAAAUAGGGAUUCUGUUCUAGACUUU